AUGCCUAAUGGAAGUUUAGGUGAAGUUCUUCAUGGAGAAAAAGGAGGUGAUUUGCAUUGGGAUACUAGGUAUAAAAUUGCAGUUGAAGCUGCAAGAGGGUUGUGUUAUCUGCACCAUGAUUGUUCUCCUCCGAUUCUUCACCGGGAUGUAAAAUCGAACAAUAUUCUUCUAGAUUCCAACUUUGAUGCUCGAGUCGCUGAUUUUGGACUUGCUAAAUUUCUUCAAGAUUCUGGUACUUCUGAAUACAUGUCUGCUAUUGCCGGCUCUUAUGGGUAUAUUGCACCAGAACUACUGAGUGGUAGAAAACCAGUUGGUGAUUUUGGAGAUGGAGUUGGUAUUGUUCAAUGGGUUAGAAAAACGACAGAUUCAAAAUCAUCAGGAGUUUUGAAGAUUCUUGAUCCAAGACUUCCUUAG